AUGGGUUGUUUCUAGCCUAAAGGUGUAAAUAAAAUUGUUGCAAUGCAGACAACAAACAGAGAUUAUAUUUUUAUGUCAACAGCUGAUAUACAUAAAAUAUUUUCUUUUGGUAAAGUGUUAGGAAUAGGCGCUUUUGGUAAAGUUCUGACAGCAAAAAGGCGAAAUAACGGAGAAAAAUAGUAUGCAAUAAAAAUAAUUGACAAGAAAAAAGUGAAGGGAAGGGAAACUAUGCUUGCUAACGAAAUUUAUGUAUUAUAAAGAUUAGAUCAUCCAAACAUUAUCAAAUUCCAUGAAGUAUAUUAGAGUGAAUUAUACUUCUAUAUAUGUAUGGAUAAAUGUAUUGGAGGAGAGCUUACGGAUAGCGUGCCUAAAAAUUAAAAAUCAUAUAAUGAAAGUUAAGCCAGAGAUAUAAUGGUUAAAGUAAUUGAUUAUGAUAUAUAUAGAUCAUUUCGGCAGUUGCAUACAUUCAUGAAUUAGGAAUAAUACAUAGAGACAUAAAACCAGAGAAUAUUAUGUUUACAGAUCUUGAUAUCAGAUCUGAGCCUAAACUAAUAGAUUUUGGGCUUUCAGUAAAGUAUGAUGCUUUUAGCUAUAAGUAAGAAAGCCUCAUUAAUUAUAUAGUAAAUUAAAAGCUGGGGUUGGAACUCCUGUCUAUUUGGCACCUGAAGUAAUUGAAGGUACAUACAAUGAAAAAUGUGAUAUUUGGAGUCUUGGAGUUUUAUUGUUUAGUAUGCUUGUUGGAUAUCCACCUUUUUAUGGUCGGAAUCGAUAGGAACUAUAUUAAAAUAUUUAAUAUCAAAAUGUAUACAAUUUUAAUUAUACUUUAGUUAAUAUUUGAUAAAAGGCAUUGGAGAAUUAUUAGCGAUGAAGCAAAAGAUCUAUUAAAAAGAAUGCUUAAUAAAAACCCAUAACUAAGAUAUUCAGCUAAGGAAUGUCUUAAUCAUUCAUGGUUUUAACUUUUAUUUAAAGAUGGACUUUUUAAACCUCCAAGAAGGAGUACUGGAUUUUCAGGAACUUAAUCUGAUGAUGAUUAAAGGACAUUGUAUUAAAUGCUUAAGACUUAUCGAAUUGGUGCCAAAUUUAAAAGAGAAGUCAUGAAAGUUCUAGUUAAUUAGAUGAAUGAAAAGGAUUUAGCAAAAUUAUAAUAAAUAUUUAAGAAUAUUGAUGUUGAUAAUUCUGGUACAAUUACUGUACAAGAAUUACAUCAUGCACUUAUGUAGGAAGUAUUUAUUUAAAAUAUUAAUAAGGGCUCUUUAGCAACUAUAGAAGAAAUUGAAGAAAUUAUGGAAAAUAUUGGAUUUGAUAUAAAUGAGUUAGAAGAUUAAACAGCUACUUUAUCUCAUAAAACAACAACUAAACCUUUAGUAAUUAAGUAUAGUGAUUUUUUAACUGCUUGUAUCGAUGAAAGACGUGUAUUUACAAGAGAAAAAUUAUGGUCAAUUUUUAAAUAUUUUGACACUUAAAAUGUAAAUCAUUUAUCAAGAGAAGCAAUUAAAGAAUCUUUUGCUAGACAUGGACGUUCUAUCCCAUUAGAAAAAAUUAACGAAAUGAUUUCUGAAAUUGAUCCAAACAAUGAGAAUAAAAUUGGAUUUGAUGCUUUUUGUUAAAUGAUGGGAGUCGCUGGAAUCUAAUAAACUCUAGAAUUUAAAGAUGAAACUAAAGAUCCUUAAUCUAACGCUCCUUCUAUUAUUUUAUGACAUCCACUCUUCUGAC